UGCUGCCCCGCUGCUCCUCCUUCCUCCCCGGGCGACCGCGGCGAUGUUUAACCGCGCCGUGAGCCGGCUCAGCAGGAAGCGGCCGCCGUCAGACAUCCACGGCAGCGAUGGGAGUCCCAGCAGCAGCCAACAGAACCCCAAGAGCACAGCCAAAUGGGCAGCCUCUCUGGAGAAUCUGCUCGAAGACCCAGAAGGCGUGAAAAGAUUUAGGGAAUUUUUAAAAAAGGAAUUCAGUGAAGAAAAUGUUUUAUUUUGGCUAGCCUGCGAAGAUUUUAAGAAAACACAGGAUAAGAAGCAGAUGCAGGAAAAGGCAAAAGAGAUCUACAUGACCUUUCUGUCCAGUAAGGCCUCGUCACAAGUCAAUGUCGAGGGGCAAUCCCGGCUCAAUGAGAAGAUACUAGAAGAACCGCACCCAUUGAUGUUCCAGAAACUCCAGGACCAGAUCUUCAACCUCAUGAAGUAUGACAGCUACAGCCGCUUCUUGAAGUCUGACUUGUUUUUGAAACACAAGCGAACUGAGGAAGAGGAAGAAGAUGCCACGGACGCCCAAACUGCUGCUAAAAGGGCUUCGAGAAUUUACAACACAUGAGCCCCGAGGGGCUGGCAGGACUGGCGGCUUUCAGAGGCGAAGGAACUCCUUCCCUUUCAGGACCGUGCAGGAUUUAUAAUUGCUUUGUUUUCUGUAAGGACUGAAAUGUACAAAACCCUCCCGUGGGAUACAUGUAUUUUAUUAACUGCUUGACCAGUGAGUUUUGCAUGAUGACUAAUCUUACAUAAAAAACCAAAUAGCUUUGAAGUUUUAGUUCACAUACACACACAUGAGCAGAAGAGUCCUUAAACACUGGAUGCUUUGAGCAUUUCGUAGCUUGAUUAAACGUCGUCUAAGGCCACCAGGUGAAAC